AUGAGGCAAAAAAUUGUUUCAAGGACUUCAACCUUUGCUUGGAGUCCAGGUCAACACGCGCCUCUUCUCGCUACAGGAACAGUCGCUGGUGCCUUUGAUGCCAACUUCUCGAACGCAUCUCAGCUUGAAAUUUUUGAUCUGAACCUAACAGACAAGUCGCCCGAGUCGAUUGAGAUUAAUCAACCUGCUGGCGUUGUCUCAAGCAAUGCCAGAUUUAAUCGGUUAGCAUGGGCAAAUCCAACAGUCGAUCGACCUUAUGGUAUUAUUGCUGGAGGAAUGGAAAAUGGAGAGCUGAACUUGUGGGAUGCUAAUGCUAUUCUCAACGGAAGUGAUGAUGUUCUCUUCUCAAAACAAACCAACCAUUCAGGCCCUGUUCGUGGUCUUCAUUUUAAUCCUUUCCAACAGAACCUUCUCUCGUCUGCCUCUAGCAAUGGCGAGAUUUUCAUCUGGGAUCUCGGCAAUCUAACAAAGCCAUACACCCCUGGCACAAGAUCCUCCAAACUCGAGGAUAUCACCUGCGUUUCCUGGAACAACCAUGUCCAACAUAUCUUGGCCACCAGUUCAACUACUGGAUAUACAGUCGUCUGGGAUCUCAAGUCCAAGCGUGAGGUGUUGACUCUUUCUUACCCUGGUGCCACAGUUGCAGGCAUAGGAAGCAUGAGCAACCUUGGACAGAUGGGCGCCAGCCGCCGCGGUAUCACAGCAAUUGCAUGGAAUCCGGACGUUGCUACUCAAAUCAUCACAGCGACGGAGGACGAUAACAACCCUGUCAUUUUAGUUUGGGAUCUCCGAUAUGCACAUGCUCCUGAGAAGACUCUUACUGGACACACUAAAGGGAUUUUGUCAUUAUCCUGGUGCCAGCAGGACUCAGAUCUCCUGUUAUCUGCAGGCAAAGACUGUCGAUCGCUUUGUUGGAAUCCUAAGUCUGGAGAGGUCAUUGGCGAACUCCCACCAAGCUCUAGCUGGACAUUCGAUAUUGCUUGGUGCCCACGCAAUCCUGAUCUGUUAGCAUCCGCAUCGUUUGAUGGCAAGAUCAAUGUCGAUUCUAUCCAAUCUACACAUGAUAAUGAUUUGACGUCAGCAGGCCAUGCUGCUCAGGAAGCACACGAUCCUUUCGCUCCUCAGCAGUACCAAUCUCAGACCAAUGUCGCCACUAUCUCAUUAAAACAGCCCCCUAAAUGGCUCCGUCGCCCUGUUGGUGCCUCGUUUGGAUUUGGAGGGAAGCUUGCCAUCUUUAGGAAUAAACCUGUACCUCCCAUGAACCUUCCUCCUGGUGCUGUUGUUCCAGUGGGCGUGCCAACAACUAUUUCAUCUGUUACUCUGGCUAAUGUAGUGACAGAACCUGAGCUUGUCCAGCGCGCUGCAGAUCUUGAAUACGCUUUGGAAACAAAGACUCUAGAUAAGUUUUGUGAAAAUCGCAGUCAAGUUAAUGGAUCUACAGCAGAGUAUUGGACUAUUUUACGCGCAUUAUUUGAGCCUAAUCCUCGUGAGCAGCUAGUCCAUCACCUUGGUUUUGAUAAGCAGGAAAUGGUGGAUCAAGUCGCAGCACUCACCCGCCAGAUGAGCAUCAACGGUAACCCCUCGGUUACAUCGCCUCGUCCUGAUGGUGCUCUCGAUCAAGGCGGUCUUCAAAAUCAUCGUGGCUCUAACUCUGAAAUGAGUGCAUUGUUUUCAGGGGCAAAUGCAGACCAACAACAGCUUGGUGAAGAUGCUUUUGUUAACUAUCCUAGUGUGCCUGCUAGCAAUGAGUUUAAGAUCAAACCAGCAAAUCCCUUCCAUAUCUAUCCUGCCACUGACACAGAUAUCGAUAAAAAGAUCACUCGUUGUAUCAUUGCUGGAGACUUUGACUCUGCUGUCAAUGUCUGUCUUCAUGAUGGUCGUCUCUCAGAUGCCCUUGUCUUGGCCAUUUGCGGUGGCCCCGAACUGUUAGAACGUACUCAGAAAGCCUAUUUUGAGCGCCGUGCUGCCUCGACCCCAUAUAUCCGUCUUUUGCAAAGCGUUGUCACAGGUGACUUGGAGGAUGUAGUGCGCAAUGCUGAUCUGGUGGACUGGCAGGAAAUUGUUGUCAUUCUCUGCACAUUUGCCCGCCCAGAUGAGUUUGGAAAACUGUGCGAAUCACUCGGAAACAGACUAGAGGAACAAUGGAUUAGCAAAGUUCAAGCUGGAGAACAGGCGGACCAACUCCGUUGCAACACUGUUCUUUGUUACUUGGCGGCCGGAAAUCUGGAGCGUGUUGUUGCCAUCUGGAUUAGAGAACAAGAGGAGGAAAUCGCACUCAACGCCUACGACCCAUCGACAUCGGAGUAUGAACGGAAUGCUCGCUCACUGCAAGCAUUCAUUGAAAAGGUCACUGUCUUCCGCAAGGCUAUUGGCUAUGUGGAUGUUGCUAUUGCUGGAAAUCCUAACGAAGAUCAACCUGAGGAGCAGGAUAGCCGCCACAAGCUCGCUGCUCUUUAUGACAAAUAUACUGAAUAUGCUGAAGUCAUGGCUGCACAAGGUCGCUUGGCGACUGCCCUCGAGUACUUGACUCUGACACCUGUGGAUUACCAGAACAAGGAUACGCUGGCCGUGAUGCGCGACCGUCUGUAUCAUUCUGGAGUAGAUGUUAGCAAAGUCCCUGCUCCUGAGUUCCCUUUCGAGCCUGUAUAUGUGAUGGCUGAAGGCGAAUAUCAGCAGCAGCAACAAUACAACCAGGAGCAGCAAUAUGGUCAACGAUACAGCCAGCAGCCACAGCACCAGCCACAGCAUCAGCACCAGGCAUACCAGAACCCAUACCAACCGCAGCAUCAACAAAACACAUACCAACCUAGCCAAUAUCAACCUCACCAACAUCAACAAGCCAACAAUUAUGGUGGUAUCCAGAACCAGAACACUUAUGGUGCGCCCAAUGCCUCGCCUUUUGAUGGUGCUGGCUAUAAUACACAAGGUUAUCAACAGCAGCAGUCCGCUCUCCCCCCGCCACCAACCCAGUUCACCGUUCCACCACCUCCACAGCAGAACGAACAACGCCCUUCUCAGCCCGCUGCCGUGAACAACCCCUACGCUCCUCCAGCUCCUACUUAUGGUGGAUACACACAGCCUGCACCGCCACCAACAUUCAAUCAACCUGGCUUUCCUGGACAAAAUGAUGCAGGGCUUCAGCCCCCAUAUGGCGGAGCUUACAACCAGCAGGCUGCACCAGUGGAGAGAGCUCGCUCAGCUGAACUCCCACCAUCACAGCGUAAGGAUACAGGUAACUGGAAUGAUCCUCCAGCGUUGCCUUUGGCCAACGCUGCUAAGCGUCAAAAUGCAGCUGCGGGCUUGAACAAGGCUCAGUUCAAUUCGCCUUUCCCUGGUAGUCCUGUGGCUGGUAGUGCUCUUGUAGGAGGCACUCCUCCUCCGCAAAAUGCGUAUAGCCAACCUCCUCAAGCAUCAACUAUCCCUCCUCCACCAAUGGCCGGUACUCGUCCUCCUCCAGCAGCAUCCUCGCCCUAUUCGCCUAUCCCAGCAGCUUCACAUUUGCCGCCUCCACCCACGAAUGCUGCAGGCGCAAUGUCCCCACGCAAUGCAAACCAACGGGCACAACCUUCGCCAUACCAAAAUUUCGGCGGUGGCCAGAGCAAUUUGAUGGGCGGAGUCAGCGUUCCGCCUCCUAGUAAUGCCUACGGUCAACCUCCGCAACAGCAACAGCAACAGCAACAGCCUUAUCAGCAGACCUAUCAGCCACAGCAAUACCAGGGAUAUGGCCAAUCCUUGCCUAACCCCAAUCCAUAUGCUGCACAACAAGGACCUAUGGGAGGGAUGACCAGUGGCAUGCCCCAGGUCCUUCAGCAGCGACCCGUAACACCUGCUGCGCCUCCAACGCCACCAAAGCCUGUCAAGUCAAGACAUCCCGCAGGAGAUAGAACACAUAUUCCUACAGGACAAAAACCCAUCUACACUGUUUUGUCCAACGAGCUUGCCCUUGCACGUCAGUACGCACCGAUUCAGCCUAGUGCAAAGCGACCUUUGGAUGACGCGGAGAAGAAGCUGAACGUGUUGUUUGACAUGCUGAACAAUGAAGAGGUAUCUGGACCGGUAGUGGAACAGAUGCUAUUGCUGGCACAGGCUCUACAGAGCAAGAACUACAAUUCUGCGUAUCAGAUCCACUUGGAGCUUCACUCGACACGCACCGACGAAGUGUCAAGUUGGAUGACAGGAGUCAAGCGUUUGAUUGUAGACAAUGCAAAGAUCCAACAAUAA